UAACCACGUCUACUCAUGAACCAACCUGUACCAAGUAAAUAUGGAUGAGGCAAGCAAUUACGCACAAUCUGAGAGGCAAUUACUUCCUCCAUUUUUCAUACUUGUAACAUUUUCCUUUUUUAAAGUUCUAAAUUACUUGCAAUCUUGACAUGUUUAAUAAUAUCUUCUUUCUUUUUCUUUUCUAGCAUAUAAGGUUCUUUUCUGUUUUUCUCUUUCUCUGUAUUCUCAUUGGUUCUUAUACACAUCUCAACAUUGUAAGUAUAACAAACAAAUUAAGGGUGAGUUUAUCCCUUAUACUCAGCUCCAACCUUCAGAUUGUGCCAUAUUAGCUUUUCACUACUUUUAAAUUCUACAAACUCACUUCAGACUCAUUCCAAUUUUAUACUCUAUCCCUCAUAUUAUCUACAGACUCAGCUUAAACAAAAAAAAAGCAAAAAAAAGAAGAAGAUAGUGGCAAGUUUCCAUUGCAAGUUGAGUCUUUAGACGAGUUUUUGAUUUCAAAACUGAACCUCAGACUUCCUCCAAAAUUUUGAUGAAUAUCCCUGAGUCUUGUACAAGACUCUUGUUUAAGACUUUACUCAAAAUCCUGGGAUAUUCAUACCCUAAGAUAUUCCGACUAUAACAGUUUUGUGCAUGAAAACUAGUCUGAUACAACUUUUUUUUCAUGCAAGUGGUCAAAACUCGAAAGCACUAUUACAACUAAUUGUGACCAGGAACUCUGACACCCUGAUUGUUGUAGAAAAGGUAAAGACAAAUUCCUUUAUGUGCACCUCAACGCUGUCAAGUAUUAUAAACUAGAAUAUGCAAAAUUAGGAUCCUCCACUUCCAAAAAUCCAGGCGCACAAAAUAGUUGGCCAAUAUGGAAAGCCAAAAUUGCAAAGUAAAGCAACUUCAUCCAGUGGCAGUGGUGAUAGUACCACUUCCAGCACAAGGCCAUCUAAACCAACUCCUCCACCUCUCUCACCUCAUCGCCUCCUACGGCAUACCUGUCCAUUACGCCGGCUCAACCACGCACAACCGCCAAGCGAAACUCCGUCUUCAUGGUCGGGACUCGCAAAGUUUAGCCAAAAUCCACUUCCAUGACUUCCAACUCCCUCCUUACCACUCACCCCCUCCAAGUAUAGACAUCUCUGUUCCUUUCCCUGAUCACUUCACCCCACUCUUCGAGGCGUCUAACCAACUAAGGGAACCCAUUUCUCAACUCUUGCACCAACUCUCGCAAAAGUUCAGUCGAGUUGUUGUCAUUCAUGAUCAUACAAUGACUUAUGUGGUUCAAGAUGUGAAGCUUAUCCCAAAUGCUAAAGCCUUUACCUUCAUUCCGAUUUCGGCCUUUACCAUGUUUUCAAACACAUGGGAAAGCAUACCUGAGGAAGCCAAACCAUUUAAGCUAGAUUCAAAUGAUAUCCCCGAGAAUAUGCCUACUAAUGAAGGGUGUGCAACGAAAGAAGUGUUGGAGUUUGCAAGGAAACAAAUAGAAUGUCUUGGGUUCGAGUCAGGAUGGAUUUUCAACACCUGUAGAGCUAUAGAAGGCAAAUAUGUUACUUUGUUGGAUAAGCUAUCUUCGACUAAUAAGUCACAGAUAAAACACUUUGCAAUAGGACCGUUUCAUCCGGUGAAUAUCGAAAACAAAAACAGUGAAAACAGACAUCAAUGCCUAAAAUGGCUAGAUGAACAAGAGAAAGGCACAGUAAUUUAUGUGUCUUUUGGGUCAACAACAUCAUUACCAGAUGAUCAGAUUGAAGAGCUGGCAAAUGGGUUGGAACAAAGCGAGGUGAAGUUUCUAUGGGUGCUCCGAAGAGCUGACCCGAAUGAUGUUUUUGAAGAAGCUGAUAGAGUAAAAAAGGCUCAACUUCCAGAAGGGUAUGAAGACAGAGUGAAAGACAGGGGAAUGAUAGUUAAAGAUUGGGCACCACAGCUUGAAAUAUUAGCACAUCCGUCGACUGGCGGGUUUAUGAGUCAUUGUGGGUGGAAUUCAUGUAUGGAAAGUAUGAGUAUGGGUGUGCCGGUUGCGGCGUGGCCGAUGCAUUCUGAUCAGCCAAGGAAUGCGGUUUUGUUGACCGAGGUGCUUAGAAUUGGAAUAUUGGUAAGAGAUUGGGCACACCGUGGCGAGGUUGUGAAAUCAAGUACUAUAGAGAAUGUGGUGAAGACAUUGAUGGCAUCAGAAGAAGGCAAAGAGAUGAAGAAAAGGGCUGCAGAGUUGGGUGAAAGUGUCAGAGGAUCAGUUGCUGAAGGUGGUGUGAGUUGUUUAGAGAGGGACUCUUUCAUUGCGCAUAUCUCUAAAUAAUGCAACCUUGUGUGUCUUUAUAUGUUUUUGUUAUCAUUUUAUCUGCAACUCAAAAAAUCUUGUUGAGGUAUUGUUAUUCAUUUGAUUUUUGGCUUAGUUUGAUUUGGAUUGGAUUGUUUUCAAUUUGUAUAAUAAUAUCGUGGUAUUAGUUUUGUUGUUUCAAUUCACUUUAACAUGAUUCGGUUCAAGUUCA